CCAGGCUCGACGCGCGGGCGCACAGACUGGCGGCUGUUCUCGUGCAGCGCGGUACGCUGGGCGCGCUUCUGUUGUGCUUCCUGGGUCUGCCGGGAGAAGCUCGCGCCGGGCUGGGCCCUGCCUGGCCGCCCCCGCAGCGGCAGUGAGGGAAGGAUUAUGACGGAGAUCGGAUAUUCUAGGCUCUUCCGAAUCCGGACCCUUUGCUCGAAUAAGCUGUUGACCGACCCCUCCCGCGCCGCGACCCGUUUUCAUUCGUUCUCUCCACCACACCCCCUUCGGCCUACGUAGGGGACUUCUCAUACGGCAGUUUUCUCUGGUGAUUUUAAGUAAAAGGCAGAAGAUGGCCAAGGAAAGGUGCCUUAAAAAGUCCUUUCAAGAUAGUCUUGAAGACAUAAAGAAACGAAUGAAAGAGAAAAGGAGUAAAAAUUUGGCAGAGAUUGGCAAACGAAAGUCUUUUAUAGCUGCACCAUGCCAAAUAAUCACCAAUACUUCUACACUGUUAAAAAACUACCAAGACAACAACAGAAUGUUAGCUGUAGCUUUGGAAAACGAAAAAUCCAAAGUGAGAGAAGCCCAAGAUAUCAUCCUACAGCUGAGAAGAGAAUGUUACUACCUCACAUGUCAGCUCUACGCACUGAAAGGAAAACUGACUUCACAACAAAUGGGAGAGACUGCUCAGAACCAGGAAGCAUGUCCCUCUGGAAUGGCCCCCAGCAGUGACAACAACUCCAGGGAUUUAUUUGUGAAGGAUUUACCACAAGUUCUUCUUCUGGAAGCUCACGUUCCAGGACAAGGAGAAUCGUCCCAAAUAGAAGAGCAAGUACCUGUUUCUCAAGACAGACUGGAAUUUGAUUUGAAUUCAGAUGAAGAUAAAUCUACUGAUAAUGUCUUACCUAGAACUGUAUCUGUCCGUCGCAGUUUAAAGACACAUUUUAAUAAUAUAGGUCAGUUCGGUACCUUGGAUGAUUUUGAAAUCAGUCAUUUCUCAGAGCAGUCCUUUGAAUUGGAAAGAAUUAGAUGUGUAGACCCACUAGAAAAUACGCACAUACCUGAAAAUGUAGAACAAGAUGUUUGUCAAUGGAAUAAGGAUCAAAUUAACUUAUCACCAAACCUGAUUGACCCAGAAAUAUCCACUAAAACAAAAGAAGACAUUUUGGAGUAUAAACCUGAACAAACUAAAAGCAAGCAUGGAGGUGCAAAAGAAGACAAAAGAAAAGCUAACAGAAGGAAAAAAUCAAAACCUCUAUCGAAGUAUAAAGCGAGCAAAAGUGAAAAUAAAAAAACUGUUUCCAAAAAAAAGUUGGAUGAAUCUGUCACUUCCAGUGAUGCUUACAAUUUUAAUUUGGAAGAGAGAAUUCAUCUCACUCCAUUCCGACCAAAAUUUAACAAUGAUUCUAACAGAGGAGAAAACAACAAUGAAUCUGAAGUGAGCAUCUGUGAAUCAAGUGGUUCAGGAGAUGACUCUGAUGACCUCUAUUUGCCCACUUGCAAGUACAGUCAAGGUCUCUCCAGCGAAUCAGAAAGGAGCCCAGUCGCCAGGCCUCGACCUAAAAGAGCACUAAAAUGUAGGGACGAGAAAGAGAUGGAGGAUUCUAAGCUUAUAAAAACUCCUAUCAGUGCACUACCUAAAACUCAUCGCUCACCUCAUUUUAGCCUGAAGGAUAUCACCAAUGCCCCCUUGUAUCCUGUACUGAAAGUCAGAAAACUCUCUCUUUCUCCAAAAAAGAAUAAAGAAAGCCCAGCAGUGUCUCUGCCUAAGCGUAGGUGCACAGCCAGUAUGAACUAUAAGGAACCCACACUCAUUUCGAAACUGAGAAGAGGAGACCCUUUUACAGAUUUGUGUUUCUUGAAUUCUCCUAUUUUCAAACAGAAAAAAGAUUCCAGACGCCAUUCUAAAAAAAAAGUAUGAAGCAAAUGCAGUGAAGUGUUUUUUGUAUGCUGUUUAUAUUCAUCCUCUACACCUCCUGUCUCUCCAAGAGACAAUCUGUAAGAUAGUACACAAAAGGGUUGAACUGUUGCCAUGGAAUAUUCUUUGACUGAACUCUCGAUCGUGAAAAUUUCUUCAAAACUAUAUUUCAGAUGUGAUGCUUUUUUCUUAUACCACUAAUAAAUUUGGUUUAUUUUUUCUUUUAAAUAUAAAUAACUGGACAUACGCCCUAUAUCUUAAACGGCCUAAAACUUUUCAUUUUACUCAAAAUAUAUCUUCUGAGAAAACUUUGGAAAUGAAUAAUCAUUCAAAUUAAGGGGUUUUAAUUAUAAGCUUCUGGCAUCUUUAUUUUUCCCUUAAAGUGGGAAUGAAUGAUUUUUGAAGAUGAGCUAAGGAUCCUUUGAAACUCUUUAUAGAUUUGAAUAAAAUAAAUCCUUGACAUACACAGUAGGGUAUACCUUAAGUUGUUUGGGGAUCCUUUAUACCAUUAAAAUUUCAAGUAAAAUGUGAGAUAAUGAUUAGAGAAUUGAUGUUGCUUAGCUUCUGGGACUAGGCAAGUGAUUAGCUCUGAGUACCAAGCUCUAGGUGUACACUGUUCUGUGAUACCUCAGCAAAUUAUAAUGUCGUGGACUUUCAGGAUAGUUCCUUAAUAUUUGUUACCACAUUAGGGUCAAUGCAGAUAUAGAACAUUUCCAUCACCAUAGAAAGUUCUAGUGGGCAGUUCUAAAUUCAGUGUUUUUAUAAUUUUAGUAUUUCUGUGUUCUUACUGUUUAUCCCUAGAAUGUUAAGAAUUGUUUCAUAUUUUAACAUUUUACAUGAAUGUUAUAUUGUCUAUAUCUUUUUGCAACUUUUAACUCACCAUUGUUUUUGAGAUUUAUUAUCCAUGUUGGCAGAUGUAGAUUAUUUUCAUCGUACAGUUAUAUAAAUAAAUUAGACUUAUUAUUUUGAGAGAUAAUUUGCUUCCACUAUUUUCAUUACAAAUUAGUGCUGUGGUGAAUAUUCUACAUUCUUGCACACAUGAGAUUAAGUUUCCACGGAGUGGAUACCUAGAAGGGGAGCAGCUCUCUAAAGUGGUUGUACCAAUUCUCUGGACACAAGGAGUGUCAUCACUCUCCUAACAGCAAUUUAUAAGUUCUAUCACUUGGUAUUAUUGGACAUAAAAUUACCUAAGACAAUGAAUGUGAAAUGGCUCUUCUUUAAUUAUGUAUGAGAUAUUAUCUCACUGAGUUAAUUACUUGUGAGAAUUCAAAUAUUUAUUGGUCACUCAUUACUUCUAUGAAUUACUAUAUAUUUUUCCCACUUUUCAACUAGUGUCUUUUUCUUAAUAGAAUAGGGCUCUUUAUAUAUUCUUGAUAGUAUUGUCUUUUUUACUUGAUAGUACUUGUCUUUUUUUACAUGGGUUGUAGCUUUCUGUUUUUACUUUAUGUUUUUUGAUGUUCAAGAAUUUUAAAUAUUAAUGUCCUGUCACCUUUUUGCUUAAAGUUUUUCUCUAAAAUUUGUUGUUUUGCUUUUUCACUUAGGUCUUUAAACUGUAUAGCAUUUUGUGGAAUGGGGAUCUGAUUUUAUUUUAUUUUCCAUGAGAAUAGCCCAUUGCUCCAGCACUAUUCAUUGACUAAUCUGUCUUUUCCCCACUGAUAAAUACCACUCUCUUUGUCACACAGCAAAGUUUCUUUCUAUUGGUUUAUUUGUCUAGCUAUGUCCUGGAUACUAUACACUUUCUUUUUUGUUGUUUUUUAGUUUAGCGGUAAAAUAUAAAAACUAUCAUUUUGAUCAUUUUUAAGUGUAUAGUUUAGUAGCAUUAUGUACACAUUGUUGUGCAAUCAUCACCAUUAUCUGUCUCCAAAACUUUUUCAUCAUCCCAAACUAAAACUCUGUAGUCAUUAAAUAGUAACUACUCAUUUACUCCACCCCACCCCGUCUCCUAGUAACCAUUAUUCUACUUUCUGUCUCUAUGAAAUUGACUCUUCCAAGUACCUCAUAAAUGGAAUCAUACAGUAUUUGUCCUUUUUUAUCUGGCUUAUUUUCACUUAACAUAAUGUUUUAUCCAUGUCGUGGCAUGUUUCAUCCAUGUCCACACAUAGCAGAAUUUCAUUUCUUUUUAAGUCUGACUAGUAUUCCACUGGAUAUGUGCACCACAUUUUGUUCAUCUAUCAAUGGGCAUUUGGGUUGUUUCCACUUUUGUCUAUUAGAAAUACAAAAGUCUACUUGAGUUCCUGCUUUUAAUUCUUUGGGAUAUAUAUACCCAGAAGUGGAAUUGUUGAUAAUAUGGUAAUACUGUAUUUUGAUGAACCAAUAUACUGAAUUCCAGAGUGGCUGAACCAUUUUACAUUCCCACCAGCAAUGCACAAGGGUUUAUAUCCUUGCUAAUACUUGUGGAUUUUUUUCAUAAUACCUAUCCUAAUGGGUAUGAAGUGACAUCUCACUGUGGUAUUGACUUGCAUUACCCCAAUGAUUAAUGAUGUUAAACAUCUUUUCAUGUGCUUAUUGUCCAUUUAUAUACCUUCUUCAGGAAAAUGUCUAUUCAAGUGCUAUCCCCAUUUUCGAAUUGGGUUGUUUUUGUUGUUGAAUCUUAGAGGAGUUCCUAAAACAUUCUAGAAACUAACCCCUUAUCCAUUCUGUGAUUUGCAAAUGUUUUCCCCCAGUAUGUGGGUCGCCCUUUUACUGUUGGGCGUGUCCUUUGAUGCACCAGUUUUUAAUUCUGAUUAAGUCCAAUUUAUCAAUUUUUCCUUGGUUGUCUUUGCUUUUGAUUGUUAUAUUUAAGAAGUCAGUGCCUAAUCCAACGUCAUGAAGUUUUUCCCCAUAUUUUUUCUUAUAAGUGACAAUUUUUUUUAAAAGACAUGGAUGAAAUUGUUGCUCAAUAUUUUUAGGAGUUUUUUAUACUAUGAUCAUAAAUUUGCCUAUAUCUUUUCCCAUGUAGAUUUUUGGUAGUACUCUUAAAAUUAGUUGCACCUACCGUUUCUGCUCUCUGGAACAAAUUGUACUUAUUCACAUUUGGUAAAACUUUGCCACUGAAACUAUUUUAUCCUGUGCUUUUGUAGGUAAACUUUUGUCUUGAUUUUUUAAAAAUAAUUAUAAGUUCUCUAAUUCUUGAUUCUAUUCAGUUAAAUGACA